AUGGCUUCCACGAGUUUUAUGUCAAACCCAAAUAUGAACAUGAGCCAUGUUGCAUUUUCAGACAGCAUUAGUCGUCGGUCGCAUUCAUUUGGGCAAGUUCCAUUGCCCAAGAAAACCGGAACCUCAUCCACCAGACAGGCAAUUUUUGCUUCUCUAGCAGCAACAGCAGUGGCGACCUCCAGGGCACAGCUCAAAACGAGCUCGAGUUUGGCUCACUUUUGGAGAGAGAUCCAUGGCUCCGACGACUGGGAAUAUCUCUUGGAACCAUUGCACCCUCUCCUUCGGCAAGAGAUUAUUCGGUACGGUGAGUUUGUCACCGCCUGUUACAAGGCUUUCGAUCUCGAACCCAACUCCAAACGCUACUUGAAUUGCAAAUACGGGAGGAAGAACAUGUUCAGAGAGGUGGGGAUGGAGAAUUGUGGUUACGAAGUCACCAAGUACAUCUAUGCCACCCCGGACAUCAAUAUUCCGACCCAAAGUGGUGCUUCCUGCGGACGUUGGGUUGGAUAUGUUGCCGUGUCCUCCGAUGACUCUGUCCGGAGGCUUGGGAGGAGAGAUAUAGUCAUUACUUUCAGGGGAACAGUCACUAAUUCCGAGUGGAUCGCAAACCUAAUGAGCUCAUUGACUCCGGCACGGCUUGACCCUCACAAUCCUCGGCCUGAUGUCAAGGUGGAGGCUGGAUUUCUAAGCCUCUAUACUUCAGACGAGAGUACCAGCAAGUUUGGGCUCGGAAGUUGCCGGGAACAGCUUCUUUCAGAGGUGUCUCGGCUGCUAACAAAGUACAAAGGUGAGGAACUGAGCAUAACAGUGGCCGGGCAUAGCAUGGGGAGCUCUCUGGCUCUUUUGCUUGCUUACGAUAUCGCCGAGCUCGGAUUGAACAAACAGAAUUCGAGUCGACACAUACCAAUUACAGUGUUUUCGUUCGGAGGCCCGAGAGUCGGGAACGCAGGCUUCAAGGAAAGGUGUGAGGAAUUGGGUGUUAAAGUCCUAAGAAUAGUGAAUGUGAAUGACCCCAUAACGAAGAUGCCGGGGGUUUUAUUCAACGAGAAUUUUAGGGUUUUGGGGGGAAGAUACGAGUUGCCAUGGAGCUGCUCGUGUUAUUCUCAUGUGGGUAUUGAACUAGUCCUUGACUUCUUCAACAUGAAAAACCCUUCGUGUGUUCAUGAUUUGGAGACAUAUAUCAACUUGCUUAGAUGUCCGAAGCGGCUGGACAUACAUAGACACAGCGUAGAUUUACUCGACAGAGCAAGAGAGAUGCUCCUGACGAGUGCACAAAAUUUUAACAUGUUGCCCUGGAUCAGGACUACUGCUGAUCAGACCAACAGUACUGUAAACUUGGUUCAGUCACAAAAGACAUAUUAA